GCUGUGUCGUUGCAUCUACCUUAACUAAAAACGAACCCAGCGUCUGCCCACACCUAAUCACGACUAAACUGUUAUAUACUUUCUCGUGGUGUAUGUCGAUCGUGCAACACUUCUGUAUUAUAUCGCCGCAUUCUUUAUAGCACUUCACUUGCUUACAGCCAAUGCUUGGCUCAGAAAUCAUCGGGGCGCAGCAUUAACUUGUCUGGUGACGACGCAGGCCGGACAAGCUACUACCUAUACCUCUUAACCCCACCCACUCGCUCUUCCAUGUACUGAGAGCUCUUCUUGGCUCAUCUCUUUCAACAACAGUUUUCGAACUGCGCAUAGUUAACCAUUUCGUCUAUUCGAUUAUUACCACCUGUAUCUCUCGAAAUCACUCGGGUUUACCAAGAUGGGCAUCAACAACCCCCUCCCGUCGUCUAUGGCGUCGGAAUGUAAGAAAUGCGGCAAGAUUCUUGAGUCCUUCAUCAACCCUCGCCAGUCUUUCGGUCCCGACAAGGUCAUUCCUCCUUCAAUUCUCGCCAACGCGAAAGGCCUCGCCGUCAUUACUGUUCUCAAGGCCGGCUUCCUCGGCUCCGGACGGUUCGGUAGUGGUCUCGUCGUCGCCCGGCUUCCCGACGGUGGCUGGAGUGCCCCUAGUGCUAUUGCGACCGCGGGUGCAGGCUUUGGUGGUCAGAUUGGCUUCGAAUUGACUGAUUUCGUCUUUAUCCUUAACGAUGCGAGCGCUGUCAGAACAUUCGCUCAGGCGGGCUCUCUGACCCUUGGUGGCAAUGUUUCCCUAGCAGCUGGACCCGUAGGCCGCAAUGCUGAGGCCGCUGGUGCUGCUUCUCUUAAGGGUGUCGCCGGUAUCUUCAGUUACUCCAAGACCAAGGGUCUAUUUGCUGGCGUGUCCCUCGAGGGAUCCGCCAUCAUUGAGCGUCGCGAUGCCAACGAGAAAAUGUAUGGUCAGCGCUUCACUGCACAACAGCUACUCACCGGCUCUGUGCGACCACCUCCCCAGGCCGCCCCUCUCAUGAACAUUCUGAACUCGCGCGCCUUCGGCGGCAUGCGCGGCGGCAAUGACGACGCCAUGUAUAACGAUGCCCCCGUAUACGAUGAAUCGCACGACGAUGUUGUGUGGAAUGGUCGCCGAGGAUCUGCGAUGGGUGAGGGCGUGCAGCGCAAUAACACAGGCUUGCAACACGAUAGUUUCGGAAGACCAAGCCGUUCGAGCACAUGGCAGGACGAUGUAUACGACAGACAAGGCGGUUACGGCGGGCCUACACGCUCCAAUACAGUUGCCAGUAAUGGUGGUGCAGCCAACGACUAUGUUUACCGAGAUAGCCCUGCAGGAGGUUUUGGUGCCGAAAAGAAGGCUGGUCCUGGGCGACCAGCAGCUCCCAAGCCUAAUUUCGGCGCUAAGCAAGCAAUGCUUAAGAAGAAUGAGGCAGUUGCUGUGUACAACUUCGACGCGGAUCAGCCAGGUGAUUUGGGCUUCAAGAAGGGCGAUGUCAUUACCGUCCUGAAACGAACUGAGAGCGAGAACGACUGGUGGACUGGACAGAUUGGCACGAGAACAGGCAUCUUUCCCAGCAACUACGUCAAGAUGAAGGAGUAACGGCUGUCUUUGGUUUCGAUUUAAAUACCCUGAGGCGCCUUUUCGGAUGGAUAUCCCUGGAAUACAUGCGAUGGGUGUUUUGUCAUUUGUUUAUUUUACCGUUGGCGGGUUC